UUGACAAGACUACAGCGAAUGCCAAAUUGAAUGUCGAGUGGUGCUCUUGAAAUGAACAUGGUUAAAGUCUUUCGAUAUAGGUAUAGUGCGAUAUUAUUGAUGUUGUGCCCGUUCCAAUAUUUACUCGUCGAAUUGAACCGUGCGACGACUCCAUAAAAUUUCAUAUCUAGUAAGUGAUAUGGUUGCUACCCGUACACAAAGAUAAAGAACAGUUGCUAGCCUGAUGACCGCGUAGUUAUAGAACUUCACUGCCUGGGGGUUUUGUUAUCAAUCUGCGUUACUGGUGUGCACCCAUCGAUCAGAAGGUACAGUGCUGGAAUGGGAAGAAAUGGUGUCGGCUAAAAGGUGUUGCUAAACUAUCUGCAGAUAUGGUAGAAGUUUUAAAGAAAGAGUCAAAAUGUCUGUAAACGUGCCAGAAAACAAUAGCCAGCAGCAGCCACAUAAGGGCAUCGUGGACUCGCUUCGAGUUACUAUCAAGGCGAGUGACCUGGCCCACGAUUUGACCAAUCAAGCAAGCGACUGUAACGGUUCCAGCAACAGGAGCGUGGACGACCCUCAGACGGCUGCUGGCGACGACGAGGAAGCCUACUACCUGUCUGACGGCACGCUGGUUCCCGUCUCCUUAGUCCGGUCUUUCUACGAGCUGUCGGCGCUUGGAGUGGACGGGAGGAUGGUGCAGUUCUCCCGGUUCGAGGGACGGGUCGUGCUGGUGAUCAACGUGGCCACAGGAGACGAGCAUGCAACCAGGGAAUUCACUCAGAUGAAUGAGUUCGCUGGUACCUACGACAGCCGUGGUCUGAGCAUUCUAGCCUUUCCGUGCAACCAGCUUGGUUACAGGGAACCGUGGGAGGACCACGAGAUCCCGCUGUGCCUGCGCCACGUGCGACCUGGCCGGGGCUUCGCGCCUAAAUUCCACCUGAUGGCACGGUGCGAUGUUAACGGAACGCGCUGCCACCCCGUCUUCGAAUACCUCAAGCAGAGGCUGGCCGGCUGCAGCGACGAUCGCUCCCCCACCAUCAGGAGCCUCCGGGGUCGACUGCUCCCGCCAAAGUCUCCAGACGUGCGCUGGAACUUCGAGAAGUUCCUCAUCGGCCACGACGGGAGGCCGUUCAAGCGGUUUUCAUCCCGGACGCCCCUGAAGGCGCUGGCGGGCGAGGUGGAGAACCUGCUUCGGAAAGCCAGCAUCGAACAGUCAGCGAACAGACAAAGCGGCAAUAAAUUCGUCCACUACGACCCCGGGCAGGAUAGAACACGCAAGAAGAGGAACUCCCCGAGAGGCAAGGAGGUCUCCUGAAAACGGUCGCGCUGAUCUGUUCGGUUAUCGUGGUGAAUCUUAUCAUGAAUUUAAUUAGCCGAUCGUUGAAGCGAAUUAUGUAUAAAAAGGUUGUUUUCACGGUUUCCAUCUGUUUCAUUAUAGCUUUCCUUUGACUGUUUAUAUAUACAUACUUCUCACUUUUCCAGCCAUUACUUUGUGGACAAAAUAUUGUUGAAAGGUCGUGGAGAAUAAAACCUCGAGUAGGACCACCAGGAAAUAGGUACCCUAUAGGAUGAGGCUCCCGAAUUACUUCCAUGCCACAUGUACUUACUCUACUGCGCAACUUAAACUGACCAAAGAAUAUAUGGGUGCCUAGUCCAGAUGGAAAAUGGGCCUAUUGGUUCACUUUAUUUUAAAGCUUCGGUUCCUGAAUAGAAGCAGAUAUAGGGUGGGCGCACGGGUUAAAGUUGAUAAUAGUUUUGGAGGAUCUAAAUGACGAAUGGAGAGAAAGUUUCCUCCCACAUCGACUUUUUCUUG